AUGGAGAAACUACAGAAGGUAACUGAGCUGGUCUGGUCUGGGCCUGCCCUGGGAAACGGGUUCCAUGGGUUCUCUGGGGCUCUCAUUAUGGGGUGAGGAGGGGAUUUGUCUCGCCAGAGUCGUGCAUGCUCUGGUUAUCUUCCACUUGGACUACUGCAAUGCGCUCUACAUGGGGCUACCUUUGAAGGUGACCCGGAAACUACAACUAAUCCAGAAUGCGGCAGCUAGACUGGUGACUGGGAGUGGCCGCUGGGACCACAUAACACCGGUCCUGAGAGAUCUGCAUUGGCUCUCAGUACGUUUCCGAGCACAAUUCAAAGUGUUGCUGCUGACCUUGAAAGCCCUAAACGGCCUCGGCCCAGUAUACCUGAAGGAGCGUCUCCACCCCCAUUGUUCUGCCCAGACACUGAAGUCCAGCGCCGAGGGCCUUCUGAUGAUACCCUCUUUGCGAGAAGUGAGGUUACAGGGAACCAGACAGAGGGCCUUCUCGGUAGUGGCGCCCGCCCUGUGGAAUGUGAAGGAAAUAAGCAGCUAUCCUGUCUUUAAAAGACAUCUGAAGGCAGCCCUGUUUAGGGAAGUUUUUAAUAUUUAAUGCUGUAUUGCUUUUAACACUUGAUUGGGAGCCGCCCAGAGUGGCUGGGGAAACACAGCCAGAUGGGCGGGGUAUAAAUAAAUUUAUUAUUAUUAUUAUUAUUAUUAUUAUUAUCUCCAGGAAACCAGGUUGUGGGCAGCAGCAGGCAAAACAACUUAGGUGCAGAAAUUGUGAUGGCUCCCGAGUCCAUCGCAUGGCAAGUCCUGGCAAACUGGGUCCCACCGCAGAGAUUGUGGGCAGGCACCCUUUCCUUUCCCAGGGGCUCAGGCCAAAAGUUAGAUCCAGCAGAAUUAAAAUGCUUCUUCUUGAAGUUGAGUGAUUUUCACGCACGUUUCCCUACUUCCCGCCCCUCCUUCAUAUUAAUUUACUGUAUUUAUUCAUUUCAAAAUAAAUAAAUGGAUUGUCAUUUAAAUUUUCCUCGGGGCAAACAAAAAAUACCUAAGAACAAAAAUACCCACAUAACGAAACUUCACUGUGAGCUUAGUCCCGGUGCUGCUUUCUUGUUUUUUUUUUUUUUUUAAAUAAUAUUUAUUAAAGUUUCAAAAGAAGAAAAAACACAUUAAUAAAAAGAUUACCAAUAAAAAGGAAAAAUACAAAGUAGAAAAAAGAAAAAACAGUUAAAAACAAUUCCAUCUUUUCAUCACUUCUUUUACAUUUACUUGUUUCCCGGACCUCCUCAUACCUCCCUCUUUUGUAUUCCAAUUCAAUUUGUUAAUCCAGCAAUUCCUUUCCCUCCUUUUUAAUCCUAAUGUUUAAUCUUGAUAUAUUAUAACAUUAAAUUUUUACAUAUUAAAAAACAAUUUUUCCAUAUUCUUUUGUACCUGUACAGCUAGAAACCACUUAACUUCAAUCCAACAUCAUUCUAACAUUCAUUAAUUUCCGGUGCUGCUUUCUUGACAAAUAGGAGGGUGUUGGCGGAACUGAAGUAACCAGAAGACACAAAAAUAGAUAAGAUGUAGAAACAGCACACGAUGUAGAAUUGCCAAAAGAGGUAAUUCAUACAUUUUUAACCUAAAGGCCAAAAGUGUUUAGGAAUAAUACCAGUCCACAAUAGAUGAUAAAGAUCUGUGGGGGAGGCCUGCCCCCUGUGGUCUCCAAAACAAAUUUGACAAACGGAAACCAAAUAACAGAGUGAUGUUUUGGAUUUUAUGCCUCUGAGUUGUAUGUUCUACUGCAUCACUUUUUCUGCAGCUGCUAACUGCCAUCCCUUUGAAAUGAAACAGGAAUGUGUCUCCAGUGCUGGGCCAAUAUAUUUAUUAAAGUAUUUCAGGAUAAAGCCGCAGUUGUCAUAUCAGCUUGGCUUUCAGUAGCACAGAUGUUGUAAAAGGUGUGGUGUUCUGUUUUGGGACAGCCCCACUGAAGAAGACAGAAGGGGUUAUCCAGACCUCGACGAUGGUUGCGAAGGGGCCCCCCCAUGACAGUGCAAGCAUCAGGGCCCCCAAAAUGUAGAUCCACCACUGUCUGGGUGUCAAUGUUUUGAGUUUGGCAGGGCCAAACUGCCUCAGAAGUCUCCUAAAAGUGACCUGUUUCAUCCCAGACACGAUGCAACAACAUCAUUGUGCCGUUGUUAAUAAAUAGGAGAAGAUAGGUGAGGUGGAACAGCUAAAAAGUGAUGCAACAUUAACAAGAAUAGAAUAGAAUUUAUUAUUUAUACCCCGCCCAUCUGGCUAAGUUCCCCCAGCUUCCAACAAAGUAUUAAAAUACAGCGGUCUGUUAAACAUUAAAAGCUUCCCUAAAGAGGGCUGCCUUCAGAUGUCUUCUAAAAGUCUGGUACUUCUUCUCUUUGACAUCUGGUGGGAGGGCGUUCCACAGGGAAGGCACCAUUACCAAGAAGGCCCUGUGCCUGGUUCCCUGUAACUUGGCUUCUCGCAGGGAGGGAACCGCCAGAAGGCCCUCGGCGUUGGACCUCAGUGUCCGGGCAGAACGAUGGGGGUGGAGACGCUCCUUCAGGUAUACUGGGCCGAGGCCAUUUAGGGCUUUAAAGGUCAGCACCAACACUUUGAAUUGUGCUCAGAAACAUACUGGGAGCCAAUGUAGGUCUUUCAAGACCGGUGUUAUGUGGUCUCGGUGGCCGCUCCCAGUCACCAGUCUAUCUGCCGCAUUCUGGAUUAGUUGUAACAAGUUUGUGUUCGGAUUCUCAAGCAAGCCUAAGACAAGAUUCUGCAAGCUAUUUUUUAUUUAAUUUAAAAUCUAUGGCUAAUCUAAGGAGAGGUUGAGCUCAGGCCCCUUCACUCUUAGCAUUAGGGUGGCCAUUCAUUUUGAGGCCUUCCAGACUGAGGAAGGACUGUCUUAGCAGAUCUGCAACGGCAGCAACAGCUUUUGCCUUUGUGAGGGAAACAUGUGGUUGCAAGGCUGACUGAGGGGAAAGGGGUUACUUGCUCUGUAUUAAUCUUCUCUUUAACUUCACUGAAUGUAAUAAUCAGUCCACCCAUCAGGUUCUUUCAGUACCUGCAAAUGAGAAGCUGAGUUACAGCACUGCAGGGAGGGCUGAGAUGUGACCAGGGAUCUAAUUAAAUGGCGCUAAAUCUCCUUCUCUGUUUCCUGCGUUGAGCAGGGUGGUUGAAUGGGGUGGCCUGCAAGGUCCCUUCGGACUCUGUGAAAUUUGAAAUCCCUGUUGGCAGGAUUCAUGUCCUUCAAAAGGAGGCUGUAGAAUAUUUGCAGAAUGAUCAGUGGGUUUCUGUUCUGCUCAGCAGAAAAAUGCAAAAUGGGGGAGCAGUUCUAGUAAAACAGAUUCCAACACCCAUUUGGAAAUAUUUUUGGAAGAAACAGCCAACACCCUCUGUUGAUAUUUUAUUAAGUCGAUGAAGGGGAUUUUUUAAGAAAAGUGGCAUGUUAGUGACAUCCCAGAAGUCUGUGAUUCCACGUGAUGAACUGAAUUUGAUCAGAGGCUCCAGUGUCUCUGCUGAGAUUAAAUUCACUCCAGAAUUCACACGCAGGAGGGUGCAUUAAAGGCGGGAGAUGGCUGAUGCAUGGAGCGCCCCAGUCUCCAGCCACCCAACACCCCUUGAGGUUAAGCUCGCUCCAUCCUUCCCCAACCUGGUGCCCUCCAGAUGUUGUGAAUGGCAGCUCCCAUCAGCCCCAACCAACACAGCUGGCAAAGACUGCCGUGUGCUCUCUCGGUAAAGGUAAAGGUUAAGGUACCCCUGAUCGUUAGGUCCAGUCAUGGACGACGAUGGCCCUUGUUGUCUACUCCAACUCUAUGAUUCUAUGAUGACUCUGGGGUUGCGCGCACAUCUCGCUCUGUAGGCCGAGGGAGCCGGCGUUUGUCCACAGACAGUUUUUCUGGGUCAUGUGGCCAGCAUGACUAAGCCACUUCUGGCGAAACAGAGCAGCACACGGAAACGCAGUUUUCCUUCCCACCAGAGUGGUACCUCUUUAUCUACUUGCACUUUGAUGUGCUUUCGAACUGCUAGGUUGGCAGGAGCAGGGACCGAGCAACGGGAGCUCACCCCAUCGCAGGGAUUCGAACCGCCGACCUUCUGAUCGGCAAGCCCUAGGCUCUGUGGUUAGCUUGGCUAAAAAGAUGAAAACGUGAAGAAAAGGUCAGCUAAAAUACCCCCAGAUCAGGUUUCUGUGAUCAAGAAGAUAGGCUUAUUGACAAACACAAAAGGCUGUAGAAUUGCAGUGGAGUAAGGGAAAAGAGAAAAAUAAACUUCUACCUUGAAAUGUUUGCCAUGGCUGAGAUAAUCAGCAAGUGAGUGGCAGAAAACAAAGCAUGGAGUCAGGCUGGCUACUAACUCCAGUUUUGGCUGUAUAUUCAUAGGAAGCUUAGCCAGGACAUUUGGGUGGGGGCACCGGUUCACGAUUUAAGGCGGUAAGACAUACAGAGCCAGCACCAAAACACAUUCCGUGUCUGGUGUGAAGCAAAGGCAACUCUGUCCCUUUAGAAAUGGGGUCAGGUUGGCUCAUUCAGGCACAGGCUGACAGGAUUACAAUAGAUGGCAACUUCAUUCCUGCAUCGCAGGGGUUUGGACUUGAUCACUUUUGGGAUCCCUUCCAGUUCCACCUUUCCAUGAUUCUGUGGACACUGAAAAGCUCAGUCCAGCAGGGACACUUGCCAAGCCCUCUUCCCACUUCUCUGUGACAGACUAGGGGGGAAAGGAAAAAUUCUGCAGAAUCUUGGAGGUGUUGAAGAGGUUGGGAUCACUGCAGAUAUAUUUUUAUAAAUCGGCCAGGCAUUGCAAAAAAACCCCUCUAUACUCCAUGAUUUUGUAGUGGUCCAGCAGGGGUUCUGUUAGGUUACAUUGAGGAUGCUGUAAGGAGAAUGUGCACAGAUCUUGGAGGAAGUUUGAUAACUGCCGCAAGAAUAAUACUUGCAACGAUGAUAAUAAUCACAAGCCCCUGGGGUAAUAAAAGAACACCUGCUUAAGGGUUGGGAGGUGUGAGGUGUGGCUUAUAUUGUUAGGGAACAGGCUCCAGCAUCUGUGGGGACUUGGCAAUUGUGACACAAGCUCUCUUCGGGGAAGAAAAGGCAAUUAUCUGUUUGUCAUAUUGGAAUAAAAUCUGACUGCAGAAUGAUGUGAGGUAGCAGUACAGGGGCUGUGUGUCCUUUGGGACAGAGGACAGUCCUCUGUUUGAAGGACUGUCAGGUAAAAGCUCAGUUUGAAGAUGACCCAAAGAAGGGAGAGAAGCUGUAUGUGUUUGUGGAGGGGGUGGCAGCAGUGUGAAGUUCCUCAUUCGUAGUAAGCAGCACUUGGACGGCAGAUGGAAUUAUAAAAUGACCAAGGUUCAUUUAUUCCAACUCUCUGCAAUGCAGGAAUCGCCACCAGGGCUGGAUUUAGGUUUGAUGAGGCCCUCAGCUACUGAAGGUGAUGGGUCCCUUUAAAUCUCCAGCUGUCCUUUGUCAACAACAAAUUGCUGCUGUUUUUUGUGUUGAAUAUAUGCUAUAUGGUAAUUUAUGGGCCUAAUAGGUAUCUAAAGCCAUUUGCCCAUGUUGCCAUGCAACCCGUCCAUGCAGAAUGGAGGCACCCUAUAUAUAGAAAGGAGCAAACCAGUGAUAUUUUAGGGAGCAGGCUAGCAGCCGGGGCCCAUGACUUACAUCAUAGGAGCCUACACAACACAAAACACUGUUGCUGUAUAUAGGUUUUAUUUGAUUUCUUUUUAAUCUUACAUUUUGGAAAUGUACAUCCAGUUGUUGUUUUUCCUUUAAUGUUUUGGGGGGCUCCAAGAGAGAGGGGCCCUAAGCUAUAGCUUGUUUAGCUUAUAUGUAAAUUCGGCACCGAUCACCACUAAAUAAUCUGUGACAGAUGCCCUCCCCUCCCAACCUCUGUUUAGAAACCUCCAAGGGAGUCCGUUCCACUGUCAAACGGCUCUUACAGUCAAAAAGUUAUUCCUGAUGUUUAGUUAAAAGAGGUCACAGUCUUUUCCACUACGGUGAGGCGAUGCCCCUUCAGUUUUCUCUUAGCCAUAGUAAUUAUUUAUAGUUUUGCACUUACACUUACAAAUUAGCCUACAUAAUUGGGUGUCCUCUUUUUGGGGGUGAUGCAUAGAAUAGUUGGAAGGGACCCUGGGGGACAUCUAGUCCAGCCCCCUGCUACCGUGGGCAGCAAGUCUUGGCCUUGCUGCCGAAGGAGGGAAAUAAAUGACCGAGGCUGCAUUGAAAUGGAAGUCACUGAUCAAAUGUCAGAUGUGGAGGGUUUUACAGUGGUACCUCGGGUUCAGUACUUAAUUCAUUCCGGAGGUCCAUCCCUAACCUGAAACUGUUCUUAACCUGAAGCACCACUUUAGCUAAUGGGGCCCCCCACUGCCGCCACACAAUUUCUGUUCUCAUCCUGAGGUAAAGUUCUUAACCCGAGGUACUAUUUCUGGGUUAGGGAAGUCUGUAACCUGAAGCAUAUGUAACCACGGUAUUCUGUUUUGUAAUUUGACUGCUACGAAGCAUUGCCAGAUAUCUUGGAUCCAAAGAGAGCAAUCUAUUCCGCAAUUCUUUUUGUAGGAUUAUAUUGUAAUAUAGGUAGGCCAGACGAGGUAUUCACUUGAAACAUUUUAAAAAGACUGCCCCAUCUCGCAGACUGGCUCUCCAGUGUGCCCCUCCCCACCCUGCUUUUUAACAUCCAGGCAGUGAAACUUGGCAGCCGGCUCGCUCUCGGCUUUGUGAUGUGUAGCCGGUUCUAAGAAAGGUUUUCUGUUUCUGUCCCCGACUGGAUAGCCAAGAAUCUUAUCAGUCAGUCUCCAGUCCCCUUUGGUGGCACAUUUGCAAGGGGGCUGGAAUUCAGCAGCUCUGCCCAGAAAACAGCGCUUUGGGGACACACAGCAACCCAUCUGAUUGGCAGGAGGGAAUACAAAUGUAUAUUUGUGACAAAGCCAGAGUUUACUGUGCCUGCUGGAAGGAAAUCCUUGCUGGAAACAGCUCUUCAAUACGCUGCCUGCAUGGCCAAUGCAAAUUUCCGUUUGGCCUCGUUGAAUGGCAUUGACUUUCUUUCCUGCAGCUGCUGCUGUGCAUGUACGGAAGACAAAAACGGAUUUUUUAAAAUUAAAAAUAAUAAUUCACUUAUAGGGACGCGGGUGGCGCUGUGGGUUAAACCACAGAGCCUAAAACUUGCCGAUCAGAAGGUCGGUGGUUCGAAUCCCCGCGACGGGGUGAGCUCCCGUUGCUUGGUCCCUGCUCCUGCCCACCUAGCAGUUUGAAAGCAUGAAGUGCAAGUAGAUAAAUAGGUACCACUCUGGUGGGAAGGUAAACGGCAUUUCCGUGCGCUGCUCUGAUUCACCAGAAGCGGCUUAGUCAUGCUGGCCACAUGACCCGGAAGCUGUACGCCGGCUCCCUCGGCCAAUAAAGCGAGAUGAGCGCCGCAACCCCAGAGUCGGCCACGACUGGACCUAAUGGUCAGGGGUCCCUUUACCUUUACCUACUGAACUCAUAUGCAAGCCUUUAAUCUAUUGGCAGCCAUGCAGGAAGGUGGAGCUACGAUUGCAUUCAGUCUUCUGCCAUGUAAUGUGCUGGAUCAGGCCAAGUUUAGUCCAGCAUCCUGUUCUCAUACUGGCUGACCAGACGCCCGUGAGAAACCUUGCAAGCAGGAUGCAAGAAAAGAGUGUUGGCUUCUCUUGUAGUUUCAAGCCACUGGUCUUCAGAAGCAUUACUGCCUCCAGCUGUGGAUGCAGAGCAGUCAUCCUGGCUAGUAGCCAUCGAUAGCGCUCUCCUCCAUGAAUUGGUCUAAUCCUCUUUUAAAGCCCUCUAGACUGGUGACCAUCACUGCCUCCAGUGGCAGGGAGUUCCAUAGUUUAACCAUGCACUGCAUGAAGGACUUCCUUUCGUGUCACUGAAAAGAAACAUUUUACUAUAUAUUUUUUAUUAUUAUUAAAGAUUUUCUUGAUUUACAAAAGUGUUUGCAAUGUCUCUCUCUCGUAUUUCCCCCCCCCCCCAUGUAACAUUUUUACAAAUCAGUUUCAUUUGUUGAGACAUUAGGAAGAAAAGGGGGAAAGAGGUGGAGGGGGGGAGAUGAGUGGGGUUGGGUGGCGAUGUUUCUAUUUUACUUACUAUAUGUAGGGUUUGGUGUCAGCGUUGCUUGUGCACGUUCUUUGCUGUUCACUUGUGUUCCUUUGGUGGUGAGAGAGGUUGGGGUUGGCCUAGGGUGUGGUUGUUCAUUUGUGGUUGGCUGUGGUGGUCUUUGUUUUCAUGUGUGAGUGGGGUGGGUGGGUGUUUUGGAUCAGGUUAGCCAUAUUGAUUUGUAUGCUGUUGGUGGAUUUUUGUCGUUGUCUUGUUGGGCUGUGUAUGUGACAAAGAAGGGGUCUUCUUCUAUUUGUCCCCCUGUCAGUUUCAGUUUAUUGGUUAAUUUUUCUAGUAGGGCUGUUUCUCAUACUAUUUGGUACCAUUGGUCCAUGCUUACUCUUGACAGGUCUCUCCAGUGUCUGGAACAGAAAUGUUUUAUCAGAAGUUCCCUUUUAGCCUGACACGCGGCAUUUUUUCCAUAGAGUUCUGCACAUUUGGCAUGAAUUUACACACACACACAGACACACAAAAAAUUUUAACCUUUCCUCCCCUUGCAAAAUUCUCCUUUUGGCCUCUGAUAACAGACACCCCUUCCCUUCUUCCUCCUCUUUCCCCUUCAUUAUACAUCACAGGAAUUUCCUUUGCUGCCCCCACCCUGGUCUCUGUUGUUGGAAGUUGGAGGGAAGCUGAGCAGAUUGCGCUUGGCCUGUUUCUUUGUGUGUUGUGAUGAUGUCCCCCUGUGCUGGUGCUUCUGCAGCCAAACUGACCUAUUUUUAACACCCCAUCAGUGAAAUUAGCCCCCCCCCCGACCUUGGAAGUUUAAUGGGAGUCCAAAGUCUGAAACGGCGAAAAAAAAGAUCUUCGUUGAAUAUUUCAACCCCACAGCCUAGCGAAAUGAAAUGAAAUAACAAUAAAAAUAUGCAGGAAAACAAUAUACAGUGGUACCUCGGGUUAAGUACUUAAUUCGUUCUGGAGGUCCGUUCUUAACCUGAAACUGUUCUUAACCUGAAGCACCACUUUAGCUAAUGGGGCCUCCUGCUGCCGCCGCGCAACCGGAGCACAAUUUCUGUUCUCAUCCUGAAGCAAAGUUCUUUACCUGAAGCACUAUUUCUGGGUUAGCGGAGUCUGUAACCUGAAGCGUAUGUAACCUGAGGUACCGCUGUACAAGCACAGAUUGAUCAGUAGAUUAACAGUUCCAUCAAAAACGGAACAAAACUCAACAGCAGUGAGGACAAAAAUUAGAAUUUCCGAGCAGGGGAAGUCAAUACCUUCUGCCGUUACCCGGGGAGGGAACAUGAAUCGUUGCCCACAAGCCUCCACAAUAGAAACCUCCCACCCUGCAUUUCCAUAAAUACAGGUGGAAAAGAGGAAGAAGGCAACCCCUUCAUAGAGUCCCCAAAGUAAAGAGUCCCUUCCCUUUGGGCGCUGGGGCAACCGCUGCCUUUAAUCAGCAAUAUCUGGGGGGCUAAAAGGCACCCCAUGAGCCACAACUGGGGUUCCCCUUCUCCUCUUCCUCCUCCCACGCCUCAGGGCUGGUGAUGGGGCCGCUAGGAAAGAGGCAGGCAGAUGGAUUUGCUGGUAGCCACAAUUGCAAUGGAUUGCAGUAGGAUUUCAGUGGAGACAAAUACAUGGCCAGAGGUGUUGUUCUCAUGCACUAGCGCUCUGUCUGUCUGUCUGUCUGUCUGUCUCUCUCUCUCUCUCUCUGUGUAGUGACAUUUAAAUGGGAGGAAGAAGCUUCUCGAAUGGCCAUAAAGCCCUUGCAAACGCAGCUGUUCUAAUUUUUGGCCACACAUCCUGGCCUUUAGGGAAGCGGCGCCACCUGGUGGCUGUUGAUGGGCUGCUGCCCUGGAGAAGGUGACUGCCUUCACUCUCCACCUGCCCGUCCACACCCAGUACCCCUUCCUUAAAAUGGCAUUGUUUUUAGAGUGUUUUGGAGCACUAAUUUAGACUGUGCACCAAGGGCUCCACAAAGCAAAGAGGCAAGACGCCUGAUUCUUUUUUCCCAUCCCUCAACAUAAAACACUUCCGCCCCCCCCGCCCCCAAUCUCCUACAUGGUAUCAGGUUGAUAACGCCUGCUCUAGUAUUGCCCCCUUAGUGGAAGCGCCUCCUCCCCAUCUGAGUCGGGUCCCCGAUUUUUUUAAAAUAAUAUUGAUUUGCUAGCCAAGAAAACAACAACCCUACAAACAUAACAAAGAGAAAGAAAAACAACAACAACAAAGAAUUAAAUAUUUAAACCGUAAAGCACCACAGUCUGGAAGGAUAGCUCCAAAGGGAUAAUAAAGUAUUAACUCCUACAAAGGUUCCCUUUAGAAAUAGCAAAGAUUUGUGAAAAAUAUAAGCCUUCUCCACCUGUGAGUUCCACCAUUCCUUAGGACAAAGGUCCUUUUUAGUCUUAAGGGAGCCAGACACUUGUAUGUAUUGAUGGCGCUGUGUAAGAAAUAACAUCAUGUCAUAUAUAGACUGUAUAUUUUUAAAGGUUAUUUGAGCUCGGCCCUUUAGGUACGUUUAGGGCAGGCAUUUCCAAAGUCCAUUUCGGGGGCCUAAUCCGGCCCACUGGUAGGUUUAAUCCGGCCCCUGGGGUAAAAUCCAAAAAAACCCCUCAACAGCCUCAAUCCUAAAAAAAACCAACAACUUUGGUGGGCUAAAAUCGAAAAAUCUCAACAACUUCAAUUCUAAAAAAAGGGUCAACAACUUUGGUCGGCCUUCACUUCAUUAAAUCUGGCCCUCUUUGGAAAAAGUUUGGACACCACUGGUUGAGGGGAUAUCUUUUCAAGAAGGGCGGUUUGCCGAAUAAACAUACACAAACUUAUUGUUGCUAAUAUAAUAAAUGGAUAACUUGAGGAUCUUUACAUUUUUAUAACAUGCAGAGAAUAAUAUGUGUUAAAAAACCAGAGAGAGGAGCUAAGGGAAGUCGUAGGGGGGAGGGGGGGAGGGUAUGGGGGGAAUAUAAUGACGAUUAUUUGCUGGAAUCAUUUAUUAUGUGAAAACAGUCAAUGUUUUUUUUUUUAGUUUUUUUUUAAAGAAGGGUGGUUUGCCAAAUCCUUGAACACCAGCAAUCCAAAUUAUUAAGAUCAAAGGCCUUCCAGGAUUUGGCAAUACAACCUUGGGCUGCUGCUGUUAAGAGAUGAGAAAGGAGUUCUUUGCUUUUCACAUCCCCUCUGACUCGUGUCUUUUCCUCUCUCCAGCACCAGCUGACAUCCCCAGGGAGCCUCUGCUCUUCCCGGGGCUCCAGCGUCCCUGGGUCACCUUCCAGCGUUGUGGUGAGUAGUACCAUGCAGAUGGAUUCUUUGCUUUUAAAUGAUACCUCACCUCCAUGCAUGGAUCUCUCAGCUGAUUAGAGUGUGGUACUGACAAUGCCAAGGUUGCAGGUUCCAUCCCCGUAUGGGGCAGCUGCGUAUUCCUGCAUUGCAGGGGGUUGUAUUAGAUGAUUCUCAGGGUCCCUUCCAACUCUUCUAUGAUUCUCCAGCAAGCAUCCUUCUGGGGCUUCAUUCGAAACACUAAAAAGCUUAGCACCAUAGCAGGAAUGCAAGACUACAGCAGGAGCAGAACCAGAAAAAGUCAAAACCAUGCCAUUGGCAGCAGGUAAGGCAGGUACACCCUACCUGGCCGAAGCUGAGACCCACACUGGGGCUGGAAGCUAUUGUUUAUUAAUAUCCUUCACAAUGUGCACUAGCAAGUUCCUUUACUUAGCAGAGUUUACAUUCCCCUUUUACAUGUACAGCAGACAGCUGGUUGCAGGCUUGUGUAAGCCUCUCACUAUCAUUAUGUUCCUGGUAAGUUCCCUUGAAUCCCUCUUAAAAGAAUAAAGACACCACAAUCUUAUUCAAAGUCAAUAAAAGAAGUUUACUUACAUCAGUUCACAGUUGGAUCCCUGAAGGCAGAGUCACAAAUAUGUACAUAUGGAUCUACCCCAUAAGGGGGAAUAAUCCCAGUGCUUCUGCUAGCUGAGAAGCUAGCAGAGCAGUCCUAGCUAAAAGCUGGUCAAAUGACGAAGGAAGUGAAAAAGAGAGAGGUCUGCUGCGUGACUCCGUCCUUCUGUUACCUGGACAGGUUAGGCCACACCCACCUUCUAUCACAUGCAAAAGGAAGGAUGCUCCAGCCAGGAGGAACAGGAAGUUUCGACUGGCUGGACCAAACAUUCCUUCGCAUGUCUUCUCUAGCAAUCCAAGGAAUGUUGCACUUGACUGCUCUCAGCGGAUUACAUCCCACAGAAACUUGUGGGGUGGCUGGAGCAGGGAAACCAAUGUGGCUGGUUACAGAUGAGCUGAGAUUUAAGAAGGGCAUGAAUAAGAAAGGGGAGAAAGGGGAAAUUAUGAAGGAAGGAAGAGUAUACAUGAGUAGCCAACAGCUGCAGGGAGAAAGGUCAGGCGGGCCAAAGCUCAGGAUGAACCAGCAAGUAUUAGGUCCUCUGUGUGGAGAAGAUGGAGAGAUCACCCAACAGCAUUUCUCCCUCACCCAACAGUGUGAUGCAGCAGCAAGCAAAGCUAAUGCUAUUCAGCAGAGGUCUAGUCUCCAGAUCAAGGGAAGUAAUAGUCCUGCUUUAUUUUGCUUGGGUCAGACCACACCUGGACAACUGUGUCCAGUUCUGGGUACCACAGUUUAAGAAGGAUAUUGAGUGACUGGCAGAAUCCGAGACCAGGGAGAAGAGUCGGUGGAAGAAGAUUGGAAAAAGUUUAAAGAUUAUUUACAGAAAUAUUGUAAAAUUAAUGAAUGUUAGAAUGAUGUUGGAUAGAAACUAAGGGGUUUCUAGCUGUAAUGUUAUAAGGGAAUAUGAAAAAAUGGACUAUUAAUAGGUAAAAAUCUAAUGUUACAAUACUUUAAGAUUGAAGAUUAGAAUAAACAAAGAGGGGAGGGAUUUGCUGAACUAACAAACUGAAUUGGAAUACAGAAAAGGGAGGUGUGAGGAGGUCCGGGAAAUAAGCAAAUGAAAGAUAAGUGAUUGAAAGACUGAAUUGUUUUUAACUAUUUUUAUUUUGUAUUUUUCUUUUUUCUUUUUUUAUUUUGUAAUAUUUUGAAAAUCUUAAUAAAUAUCUUUUUUAAAAAAAUAAUAAGAAGGAUAUUGAGAAGCUGGAAGGUGUGCAGAGGAGGGAAUCCAUUCCAUUGUCAAACAGCUCUUAACAGUCAGAAAGUCCUUCCUGAUGUUUAGUCAGAAUCUCCUUUCUUGUAACUUGAAGCCAUUGGUUCGAGUCCUACCCUCCAGAGCAGGAGAAAAGAAACUUGCUCCAUCUUCCAUGUGACAGCCUUUGAGAUAUUUGAAGAUGGCUGCCAUAUCAUAUUUUCAACCCAUUUGUAAUCAAAAAGAGGUUGUUUGCUUUGGUCUAGCUGUACCCCAUGUUAUUUAACGUAGGCAACCAAGCUCAAAAGUUUGUAGCUUUUAAGUCGGCUCGAAUAUCCAAAUCCAUUGACAAAUUAAUAUGUUGUGCAAUGUAAUAUAGCUUUAGGUUUGGUUUUGUAAGUGAGUGUGUUUAUUUGAAUGCUUCCUGAAUCAAGACCUGGAACGCUGAUGCUUCUGUCUUCCUUCCCAGGCAAAAAUGGACAAUGAAGUCUACAAGGACUUAGCAGCAAUCCCCAAAGACAAGGCGAUCCUGGACAUAGAGCGCCCCGACUUGAUGAUCUAUGAGCCCCACUUUACCUACUCCCUCCUGGACCACGUGGAGAGGCCAAGGAGCCGAGAGGUGGGCCAGCCCAACCCCCCUUUUCGAGCCUGGGGUGGGUGGGUCCUUUGCUUUGCCCAGAGUACCGUAGCGAAAGCUAUUUUGAGGUUAUGGUUCUGUAGGAGUUGUUAGGAAACAGCAAGUCCCGACGAAAGAGGAAUGGAGGAUGAAACUGAUGGACUAGGCAGAGUUAGAUAAAUUAAUAGGAAGGAUUUGAAACCUUUAGGACCAGAGAUUCUUAGAAGACUGGAGUAAAUAUACGAACUAUUUGAAAAGUAAUUGUAAACAGAUUACACUAGUAGGAUUGCAAGAAGUUUUGUAAGGAGGAUUAUUUGAAAUAUUGCAAGAAAGACUAUGAGGAGAAUUAGUAAAGGUAAAGGUAAAGGGACCCCUGAUCAUUAGGUCCAGUUGUGAUCGACUCUGGGGUUGCGGCGCUCAUCUCGCUUUACUGGUGGAGGGAGCCGGCGUACAGGUUCCAGAGCGGCGCCGUUUACCUUCCCGCCGAAGUGGUACCUAUUUAUCUACUUGCACUUUGACGUGCUUUCGAACUGCUAGAUUGGCAGCAGCAGGGACCGAGCCCGGGGAUUCAAACCACCAACCUUCUGAUCGGCAAGUCCUAGGCUCUGGGGUUUAACCCACAGCGCCACCUGCAUCCCUGGAGAAUUAUUAGUUAAUGAUAAUUAAAAGUACCGGUAAUAGAGAAAUUAAGAAAUGCAGAGUAAGUGAUAAAAACGGAAAAUCAUCAGAGGAGUUGACGGAAGUCAUAAAUAUUGUAUAAGAUAAGAAAUUAUGUUACAUGAAUGUUGGAAAUGAUAUGUUAAAAAAAACUAAUAAAAAUAUAUUUUUUUUAAAAAAGGAAACAGUAAGGCCAGUUCUGUAAUGGCUGGCUAAUUAAUACUGUGAGGUUUUUGUGUUCCAUGAGCCCCACUGUGGCUUGCAGUAUAGACACAGAAUCAUAGAAAACUAGGGUGGAAGGGACACUAAGGCUCAUCUAGUCUAACCCCCUAAAAUGCUGGAAUCUUAACUAGAUCAUACAUGACUCAAGCUCUCCAAUGAAGGAGAUUUCGCCACGUUCCAAGGGAGUCCCUUCCAUUGUCAAAUGGCUCUUACCCUCAGAAAGUUCUUCCGAUGCUUUAGCCAGAAUCUCCUUUCCUGGAAUCUGAAUCUAUCGGUUUGGGUCCUCCUCUCCAGAGAGGCAGAAAACAAGCUUGCUCCAUCUUCUGUAAGAAAGCCUUUUAGACGUAAUAGAUGACUCAGAUGUGAGCGGCAUCAAGUGAAGUUCUUUCUCUCUCUCUCUCUCUUGACUCCCUUCUGCAGCGCUCCCUCUCGCCCAAAUCCCUCUCUCCUCCUCCUUCUCCAGAAGUAAGUGUUACUCAAGGUUGCCUUGGAGAUGGGUUUCCAAGAUGGGUUACCAAGAGCAGAGAAGAGGCCAGUGGGAGGGAGGGAGUGGGGAAGAGAUGAGCAAGGCUGUCAGUGCGACAGGGUGGCGGGGAGAGGGAUGUGUUCUUGCAUCUGCACGGGCAACAAUUGAGCUCAGCGCACCGGGGCCUGUCAGCUCCAGAAGCCCUCUGGCCAAGAGGCAAGCCGGUUUGCAGGACUCCUUGCCACACGACAGGCCAGCACAGCUCCUCGGCCGCUGACAGUCUCUUGGUGGAGGGCAGGGUGCAGGCUGGUCUUCUGCAAGGGGAGGGAAAGGGCUGUGUGGCAAUACGGGCCGGGGCCGGCCCACCCGUUACUGCCGAUGAGGCAGCUGCCUCAGGCUGCAGGCUGGAGACAGCUGGGGGGAGCUGCAGAUCUGGGGACCCCAGGAGCCUUCCACCCGCUGCCCCCUGUGCUUUAGCUCGCAGCUGCCACCAAGGAAGAACAGAGCCACUGUUGCCACCUGCCUCCUAUUUUCUCCCGUUUUGCCUCAGGCGGGAAAAUGUCUUGGGCCGGCCCUGAAACCAGACUGCUGGCCUCCUCUGACCUCCUUUGCUCUGCCCACAGGUCACUCGCGACUGGAUGGAGGAGAGCAAGUCUCCAGGCAAUGCCUCCCAGCCGGGCAGCCGCCGAACCAGCAGCAGCAGCCGCAGCGGAGUCCACCAUUUCCACCGCCCUGGUAGGGCCCCCCCCCUUGCCAAAGGCGCCUUCAGACUUUCCCUGACACCCCCACCCACGCCUUAGACUGCUCCCCCAGACCCUUCCCUGCCCUCCAACAGCUGCAGCCUCUCCGGGGGGUCUCAGUCAUAAAACUGUAGAGAGUUGGAGGGGACCCCCAAAGGUCAUCUAGUCCAGCCCCCUGCAGUGCAGCCGUCAUACGCUACAUGGGGCUGUCUUUGAAAAGGGCUCAGAAACGUCAGCUGGCUUAAAGAGCUUAAGCCAGACAGAAUCAUAGCUGUCAACUUUUCCCUUUUUUAAAGGGAAAUUCCCUUAUUCCAAAUAGGAUUCCUCACAAGAAAAGGGAAAAGUUGACAGCUGUGGACAGAAUAUUGAUCCCCUUGUUAGAAAAGCUCCGCUAGCUGCCCAUCUGUUCCUGAGCACAAUUGAAAGUGCUGGUCGUGACCUAUAAAGCCCUAUAUAACUUAGGCCCAGGCUCUCUGAAGGACCAUAUUCCCUUAUAAGAACCUGCCCAGGUUUUGAGAUCUUGAGGGGAGGUCCUUCUCCUAGUUCCACCACCCUCACAGGCCUACAUGGUGGGGAGACGCAGGAGAGGGCCUUCUCGGUGGCUGCUCCCAGACUGGAGAAGCCAGGCGGGCCCCCUCCUUUGGUCCUUCUGCCAGCAGGCGGAGACCUUCUUAUUCCAGCAGGCCUUUGGGAACAGACUGUUGUUUUUUAAGGAAAGGGCUUUUAAUAAGUGCUGUGCUGUUUUAUUAUUUGUAUUUUAAUAGACGAGUUUUUAAAAUUGUUUAAUUCUAUUAGAGUUUAAUUACUUUUUAUAUGUUUCUUAACUUAUUUAAUUGGUGGUGUUGUAAUUUGUGUAAACCGCCUUGAGUCCCAGUCUGGGAAAAAGGCAGGAUAUAAAAGAUGAUGAAGAAAAUAAAAAUACACUGGUAGCUUGGUUUAAGAACAGCUUAGUUUUUGAACAACGUGGAUUAAGAACACUGCAAACCCAGAAGUAGGCAUUUUGGUUUGUGAACUAUUCCUUGGAAUAAGAACAUGUUUUGCUUCCUGUUGAGUGUGUUCCAUUUGUAAAUUGAGUCUCCCGCUGCUAUGGGAAAGCAUGCUUUGGUUUAAGAAUGCUUUGGUUUAAGAACGGACUUCCGGAACGGAUUAAGUUCGUAAACCAAGGUAAAGGUAAGGUAAAGGGACCCCUGACCAUUAGGUCCAGUCGUGGCCGACUCUGGGGUUGCGGUGUUCAUCUCGCUUUACUGGCCGAGGGAGCCGGCGUACAGCUUCCGGGUCAUGUGGUCAGCAUGACUAAGCCGCUUCUGGAGAACCAGAGCAUCGCACGGAAACGCCGUUUUCUUUCCCGCCAGAGCGGUACCUAUUUAUCUACUUGCACUUUGACGUGCUUUCGAACUGCUAGGUUGGCAGGAGCAGGGACCGAGCAACGGGAGCUCACCCCAUUGCGGGGAUUCAAACCACAGAGCCUAGGACUUGCCGAUCAGAAGGUCAGUGGUUCGAAUCCCUGCGACGGGGUGAGCUCCCAUUGCUUGGUCCCUGCUGCUGCCAACCUAGCAGUUCGAAAGCACACCGGUGCAAGUAGAUAAAUAGGUACCGCUCUGGCGGGAAGGUAAACGGCGUUUCCGUGCGCUGCUUUGGUUCGCCAGAAGCGGCUUAGUCCUGCUGGCCACAUGACCCGGAAGCUGUGUGCUGGCUCCCUCGGACAAUAAAGCAAGAUGAGCGCCGCAACCCCAGAGUCGUCCGCGACUGGACCUAAUGGUCAGGAGUCCCUUUACCUUUAAAAGGAGAAAUAUGGGCAGCAGCAGGCUGGAAAACCACCUCGGGGGUCUCCCUGAGAAGUGGCCCCAAACCAGUUGCUGCGUCUCCUGAGCACUUCCCUGUUCCUUCCCCAGAUACCAACACGGCAGAGAUGAACAUCUACAAGAAGCCCCCCAUCUACAAGCAGAGAGGUAGGUGGUGCUCCCCGAUGACCUCUAGGGUGGGCAAAGGUGGGGCUACACACAGCAGAGGCUCAGAGUCACCUGCCCCCCCUUUGCACCUUGCAGAGCAGUCGGUGACGCCAACCCCACAGAGCAAGCACCUGAUUGAGGACCUGAUCAUCGAAUCCUCCAAGUUCCCGGCUGCCCAGCCGCCCGACCCCAACCAGCCGGCCAAGAUUGAGACGGACUACUGGCCCUGCCCGCCCUCCUUGGCAGUUGUGGGUAGGUGGUCCUUGCUGUGUUUUUCUGUCAGCCAGUGGGGUAGUGGAUGGGGGAAUGCAGGGGAGCAUAGCUGUGGGGCUUUUUUCCCAGAACUGGAGCAAUAUUGCCAUCUGGCAAGGUGCCAGGGCGAUUGGUCUCCUUUGUCUGGCAAACGAAUGAGGCGAUAACAAGGCUUUCAAGUUUGCUUGUGAGAGAUUAGCGUAGAGGAUGUUGGAUAAUGAGGGAAAGAAUCGAGCAGAGGCUGGAUACUGCUUUCCUUUUCUUUGACGAGGUUGCUGCUUCGUACUAGCAGUUUUAACAAAAAAUAUUUUUUAUUAAUCACUUUUAGCAAAUCAAUUUAUAAACCAAUAUAACCAAUUACAUUUUCCCCCUCCCUUUCCCACCCUCCAGAGACUUCCCUCAGCUCCCCUCUCUGAUUUGUUUUUACAUAUUAUUCUCUGCAUGUUGUAAAAUUGUACAGAUUUUCUUCCUUGUCUAUCAUAUGUUCUACUACUAUCAUAUGUUCUACUAAUGAAUACUAACGAAUUUAUGGGUGUUUAUUCAAAACCUGCCAAGGAGACCAAAUCCUUUUGUUGUCUUUUCAAAUAGUUUGUAAAUAGUUCCCAUUCUUCCUUAAAAUCACGAUUGUCCUUCUCCCGCAGUUUAUAUGUCAACUUUGCCAGCUCCGCAUAGCUCAUCAGUUUUUCUUGCCAUUGUUCUUUCAUUGGGAUUUCCUCAUUCUUCCAUCCUUGUGCUAACAAGACGCUUGCCGCUGUUGUAGCAUACAUAAAUAAGUUCUUUGUUUUCUUUGGCAGGUCUUGUCCUAAAAUCCCUAGCAAAAAUGCUUCUGGUUUUUUUACAAAUGUCAUUUAAAACAUUUUUUUCAAUUCAUUAUAUAUCAUCUCCCAAAAAUUUUUAACUUCUCUACAUUCCCACCACAUAUGAUACAAAGUACCUUCUUUUUCUUUACAUUUCCAACAUGUAUUUGACCAGGUUUUAUACAUUUUUGCCAUUUUUACUGGUGUAAUAUACCAUCUAUACAUCAUUUUCAUGUAAUUUUCUUUCAAAAGAGAACAGUCUGUAAAUUUCAGAUCUACCUUCCACAACUUUUCCCAGUCUUCAAAUUGUAUAUUGUGUCCUAUAUCUUGUGCCCAUUUUAGGUACUAGCAGUUUUAAACGGUAGCGAUUCCUUGAGAGAUCCUUUGCAUUUCCAAAACAGCUAUUUACAACCUUCAAAAUAAAUAAAUAAAAGCAGAUUAAAACAUAUAUCACCAUUCUACAGGGCAGGCUUGUCUAAACAAGAAUGUUUUCAGCAGGCACCCAAAAGAAUACAGUGAAGGCGCCUGCCUGAUCUCAAUAGGCAGUGAGUUCCAAAGUGCAGGCGCCGCCACACUGAAUGACCAGUUUCUUACAAGUGAAGAACAGGUAUUAUAUGGCCCUGUAAUAAUGCCAGCUGCACAGAUUGUGGCGGCUGAGCAGACGUAUAUGGGGUGAGGUGAUCUCGCAGGCAAACUGGUCCCAUGUUCUAGUUCCAGGUAGGUAGCCAUGUUGGUCUGCCGUAGUCGAAACAAAAUAAUAAUAAAAAAAUCCUUCCAGUAGCACCUUGUUGUUGUUGUUUAGUUGUUUAGUCGUGUCCGACUCUUCGUGACCCCCUGGACCAGAGCACGCCAGGCACUCCUGUCUUCCACUGCCUCCCGCAGUUUGGUCAAACUCAUGCUGGUAGCUUCGAGAACACUGUCCAACCAUCUCAUCCUCUGUCGUCCCCUUCUCCUUGUGCCCUCCAUCUUUCCCAACAUCAGGGUCUUUUCCAGGGAGUCUUCUCUUCUCUUGAGGUGGCCAAAGUAUUGGAGCCUCAGCUUCAGGAUCUGUCCUUCCAGUGAGCACUCAGGGCUGAUUUCCUUCAGAAUGGUUUGAUCUUCUUGCAGUCCAUAGUAGCACCUUAGAGACCAAGUAAGUUUGUUCUUGAUAUGAGCUUUCGUGUGCAUGCACACUUGCACACGAAAGCUCAUACCAAGAACAAACUUAGUUGGUCUCUAAGGUGCUACUGGAAGGAUUUAUUUAUUUUUUUAAAAUUUGGGUCCCAUGUUGUUAAGGGUGGUUGGUAUAAGAAUAGCAACCCCUUGAACCUGGCCACCAGGGCAGAUUUAUCAGCGCAGGUGUUCUGUGCUGCCAAAGCCUUUCAGCAAUUGUGUUGCAGCAUUCUACACUCAUUGCAACCUCCAGAUCAGGUGCAAGGCAAGCCCCACACAGAGCGCAUAGCAGUAAUCUAGCAGCGAAGUAAUCCAUGGGAAUGCUCAGGUAAACUGGCCCCACGUUACUAAGGGCUUUAUAGAGUCCUAGCUUCACCCUCUUUGGUCCCUUUCAUCUUCCCCUCCCCAAAUGGAUACUACAAGGUUUCGGCCCUAAGCACACUCACCUGGGGACGAUCUCUUCUGAAAUCGGGGAGGGAGGGUAUCAUUUUUGAAGGUGAGGAAAUCCUCCGCCCAAGAAGCUGUCUGCCGCAUGUGAGACACCCUCCUGCCUUGUCUUUCUGCAGAGACUGAGUGGCGGCGGCGGAUGGCCUCCAAAAGAGGCGAGGACGAGGAUGAGGACAGCACAGAAGAAUUGGGGAGCCUGCGAGAGUUGCAGAAGCAAGAGCUGAGCAAGGUGGGCAGGGGGCUUGGGGGCAGGUGAAGCCGGGUGGGGGGCUCUCCUGGGUGCCGGUGGCUCCUUGUGUGGCUGAGCUCCCUGUCCCCACUCUCUCUCUCCGCCAGGUGGCCUCCAACCUCGGCAAGCUCAUCCUCAAGGAGGAGAUGGAGAAGUCGCUCCCCAUCCGGAGGAAAACCCGUUCCCUUCCAGACCGGACGCCCUUCCACUCCUGUGAGUAAGCAACCCCUACCUCACCCCCUGCUAAAACCAGGGGCUGAUUUCCCAUGCUUCCCAUUCUUUUUGUCUUGAAACAGGAAGGGCACAUCUUUCGUGCACCCCUGUUUGUUUGUUUGCAUUUAUAAUCCACCCUUUACUCCGAGGUGCUCAAGAUAGCACUCUGUUAGAAUUCCUGCUCUAUGAUUGCAGUCAUGGGAUUGUUGUCUAUCACAUGAUGGUGUAUGUUUUCAUUCCACAGAGUGGGAAGUGACAGAGACAGGAUGUUUGUGUUACUGUGUUCCGUGAAGUGGGACUAUUGUCCUUUGUUCUUUCUCUUUGCUGUCUGAUGCUAGAGAGAGAGGGAGCCAUGUUGCAGUGCUCUGUGUGUGUUUAUAUGUAAAUAAAGUAGAUUAGCCAAAAUGCUGAGUUGCUGAGGUCUGUCACGCAAGGUGCACAAACUCUGCAGAACCCUAAGUGUGCCGGUGUCGGUUGGCAUCGGUCACUGUGAUGUUUGGGCAGAAGAAAGCUUAUGAAGCUUCCGAACAAUUGACCAGGAGGGAGAGAACAUGCCAUUCGGGCAUGUGUCUCUGCCAGGGUCCUACUCGAGUGUAGGCUGAACUCCUGACACAUUCAUGGUUCUCUUCUUCCCUUUUUUAUCCUGUCAACGACCCUGCCAGGCAGGUUAGGUCACCCAGUUCACCCUGUAAGAUUCAUGAUGGCUGAGUGGGGAUUUGACCCCUGGUCUCCCAGGUCUGCAGCCGACACUCUUAACUGCUAUGCCACUAAUAAUAAUAAUAAUAAUAAUAAUAAUAGUAAUAAUAAUUUAUUUGUACAAAUAAUAUUUUAUUUGUUUCCCCAGCCACUCUGGGGGGCUCCCAACAGAAUAUUGAAAACACACCAAAAAAUCAAACAUUGAAAACUUCCCUAAACAGGGCUGCCUUCAGAUGUCUCCUAACAGUCAGAUAGUUGCUUAUUUCCUUGACAUCUGAUGGGAGGCAUUGCACAGGGCGGGUGCCACUACCGAGAAGGCCCUCUGCCUGGUUCCCUGUAACCUCGCUUCUCACAGGGAGGGAACCACCAGAAGGCCCUCAGCCCUGGAUCUCAGUGUCCGGGCUGAACGAUGGGGGUGGAGACGCUCCUUCAGGCCACUUAGAGCUUUAAAGGUCAGCACAAGAUGCAAGAACGCAAGACCUGGUCCAUCUAGCUUCACAGACUGGAAGCAAUCGCUUUCCAGGGUUUCAGGCAGAGAUUGAACCUGGGGCCUUCUGCAUGCAGAUAUAUGUAUUAUAUCAAGUUUACGCCAACGGUACUCCUGCCGUGAUCUACAGAAGGAAACCAUAGGAAAAGUUGAGAUUGGCACACAACAGGACACCACUUUGUCCUCUCCUGGGGAGAGUGGCUGAGUGAACAAGCCAUACCCAGAAUUGCCCACCCAUAUUCCCAAUGCAGGCUGAAUGAAUGACUGGGAAUAAGAAGAGCUUGAUGGAUCAGGUUAAUGGCACAUCCAGACCCAGCGCCCUGUUCUCAUAGUUGCCUCUGUUUGUGAAGGCAUAGCAGAACCUUCAAAGAUAGUACCUCUCCCCCAUGAGACAAUGGAGUGUGCCUCCAGGGGUCAUGUGUCCACAGUGCCUGCUGUGGCUGAAGAGACUGGUAACUCAUAACUGCUGCCUCCCCUAUAUUGUUUUUGCUGUGUUAGCUGCACCAAAGUGACGCAAGCCUGGGCAGUGUGUCUGGAGGUCCUGGGCUGCCCAGACGACAAGACCCCCCUCUCAGCCACACUGGAGUGGUCUACAGGAGAGUAGACCAAUGCAUUUGACACCAGAUUGGCUGCAGGAGUUGCUGGAAGGAGGCAUUCAAUACGCCAUCCAACAGUCUUAGGGACUUGGGAUUUGUGUAGGAUUUACACCUUAGCCUUUUCUUCUCUGAAAGAUGUCCCACAAGGCAGUGGGUACAUGAAUUUGUCUAAUCCUCUUUUAAAGGUUGGUGGCUGUCACUGCAUCCUGUGGCAGAGAGUUCCACAGUUCAGCUGUGUGCUGUGUGAAGAAGCAGGUUUGGCCAAAAGAGCCCAGGAGACACAGAGGCGGCUGCCCUCUUGCAAGUGUGCCUGAGCAUUUGGCCCCAUGAGAGCUGUCCCUGGUGCCCUUCAAGUGCUGUGGCCUACAACUCCCAUCAGUCCUUGCCAGCCUGGCCACGCUCCCAUCAGCCCCUGCACCAAAGAGCUGUGCUGCCUGGGGCUGAUGGGAGCUGUAGUCCGGUUGGGGAAGGCUGGUCUAGAGCAGCAGAUGUGCCCCUUGGCCAGAGCUCCUCCUCAUGUGGCCGCCCUGAGCAGCAACCCCACAGCCUGCCCGUUUCCCAAGCUCCCUUCCAGUGCUACCAUCUGUGCAUGUUCCUGAACUGUUGCUCAACCCAGAUUCAAAGGAGCCUUUUCCCCAGCCAUAUUAAUCGCUGGUCUUCCUCUUUUUCCAGCUCUUCACGGCGGAAGCUCGAAAUCUUCCUCCCUUCCUGCCUAUGGGAGAAGCACCCUCGCCAGGGUAAGGUGCCAGUUAGGGGCCUCUGCUCUACCUUCCAACCUUCAGCUUCUAUGAGUCCUUUUAUAUAUAUAUAUAUAAUAUAUUUUUAUUAAGUUUUACAUAACAAAUUUAAAUUCAAACACAUCAUUCACCUCCUCAUUUAUAUUCUCUGAAUCUCUUGACUUCCCUCUGCCCUUCCACGGUUACCAUUAUCAAUCUUUUAUUUUAUUUUAAUCUGCUUAUCUUAUUUUCUCUAAUUUGUUAAAAGAAUAACAACCCAUUUUUCCAGGGUUUUUCAUACGUUACAAGCAUUACUCAAAUCCUGCCAAAGUUUUAAAAAUUGUUUACGGUGUUCUCUUGAGCACAUUAUAAAUUUUCCCCAUUCCUUCUUAAAAUUCCUGGCUUAUGAUUUUCCCAGUCAGUUUCGCCAUUUCGGCGUAGUCCAUCAUAGUCCUUCAGCUUCCACGAGUUCUAGUGUUGUGACAGAGAAAGACUUUUCUCUUUCCCCUUUCUUCUCUUGGGACUUUCCCCAACCCACGGUUGCACUCACUGCAAGCGCUUUCACGAGCUGGAUUGGGCCCAUGAAAUGCUAUAAUGCCCCUUGCCUGCCUGCCUGGAGAUGGUGUUUGUGUGUGACUUUUGUGCUGCUGGAAUGUACCGUAUUUUUUGCACCAUAACACUCACUUUUUUCCUCCUAGAAGGUAAGGGGAAAUGUCUGUGCGUGUUAUGGAGCGAAUGCCUACAGAUGGCGGGGGGAUCUGCUGCAGUCGUGAGCAGAGGAUCCAUGGUUCCCCUUCCUUCCCUCCUCCGUGGCUCGCUUUGAAACAGCAAAGCGGGAGAAGAGCCGCUGAGUGGGGAGGAGAGAGGGACAGAGAGCCUGCUUGGUUUAAAGGAGCAAAGCGGGAGAGGAGAGGAGCCGCUUACACGGGUGUAAGCAGCUCCUAUCUGGAUGGCUCCUUUAAAGCAAGCAGGCUCUCUGUCCCUCUCUCCUCCCCACUCAGCUCACUAAAUAGCAGCAAAGUUUUUCAGCUCGCAAAGCCGGGGAGGUGAGAGAGAAGCAGAGCCUGCUUGCUUCAAAGGAGCAAAGCGGGAGAGGAGAGGAGCCUUCUCCUCUUAUACCCCUCGCCUGCAUUAUUAGCAGCAUCCUUCUCUACCCACCCCACACGUGUUCCUUCUCACCCCUCGCCUGCAUUAUUAGCAGCAUCCUUUUUUUGCAUUGGGCUACUCCAAACUCACCGUCAGAUCACAUGUCUGUGGCCACAGCAUGAACCACAAAAAUCAUACAUCCACUGUUUCGUUUAGAAUAUUUUUUUUCUUGUUUUCCUCCUCUAAAAAGUAUGUGCGUGUUAUGGUCGGGUGCGUGUUAUAGAGGGAAAAAUACGGUAUGUAGCCUGCUAUGAAAUGAGAGCAAUGCAUUUGCCGCUUUGACCUGUUUUGCCACUCGCCCUGAGCUCUGUUGAAUGCAGACCCGAGAAGAUUAUCCACAACAUGGUGCAAGUCUUGAGUUGAGACACACUGCCCAUCUCUGCUCUAUCCCUUGGAUGGAAGUAGAAAAAGUGAAGGUGUUUGGAGGGAAUGUGCAUAUUCCACACAUCUAGAAGUCCUUCGGUUUCCUUUUUAUGAAAGCAGUCUUGUCUUGCUGGUGCAGAGAGGGCUCAAGAACAGUCUAAUCUGAGGCGGUGGAAAUAAUCUCAAUGAUCACAAGAAGGGCCGCCCUUCCAAAUUGUGCCUGUACCUCUUGUGCCUGCUUCCAUUCUGAAACCAUAGAAUCAUAAAAUUGUAGAGCUGGGAAGCAACAACAGGGAGUUGGAGAAUCUAGUCCAUGGGUAGGCAAACUAAGGCCCGGGGCCCAGAUCCGGCCCAAUCGCCUUCUCAAUCUGGCCCGCGGACGGUCUGGGAAUCAGCCUGUUUUUACAUGUGUCCUUUUAUUUAAAAUGCAUCUCUGGGUUAUUCGUGGGGCAUAGGAAUUUGUUCAUUUCCCCCAAAAAAUAUAGUCCGGCCCCCCUCAAGGCCUGAGGGACAGUGGACCGGCCCCCUGCUGAAAAAGUUUGCUGACCCCUGACUAGUCCAACUCCCUGCAAUGCAGGGAACCACAGUUGAAGAAUUCCUGACAGGUGGCCAUCUAAGGACCUCCAAGGAAUGAGGGUCCAACACUGUCUUCCGAGAGAGUCUGUUCCACUGUCAAACUGUUCUUACGAUACAGAACAACAAACCCCUGUGUUGCAAACUAAACACAACAAACAAUACAAGCAACACGCAGGCCAGUAUACUAGAUAGCACUGUAAUUCUUAAUGCAUAAUAUACAUGAUUUAGUAACAAAAACAUGAUUUGUUACUAAAUCAUGUAUAUUGUGCUGUAAGAAUUACAGUGCUAUCUAGUAAACUGUUCUUACAGUCAGAAAGUUCUUCCUAAUAUCUUGGAUCCCGAAUGCCCUGGAACUCAGACAUUUUGGCUCCCAGACGCCCGAAACCCAGACGUGAUUGUUCCAGUUUGCAAACAUUCUUUUGGAAGCUGAACAUCCGACGGGGCUUCUGCGGCUUCUGAUUGGCCGCAGGAGCUUCCUGCGGCCAAUCAGAAGCAGCGAUUUGGCUUCCGAACAUUUUGGAAGUCAAACGGACUUCCGGAACGACUUCCAAGGUGCGACUGUAUUUAAUUGGAAUCUCCUUUCUUGCCCUUUGAAUCCCUGUGAUUUCGGUCGUCCCCUCAAUCUUGCAUGGGGCAACUCUUCAGGUAUUUGAAGAUGGCUGUCAAAUUCUGAUCCACGCCAUCUUUGACCAAGAAUCGCACAGCUGGCAUUGGCCCUGCAGAGAGACCUGCUGGCCUGGGGCUGAGGUCCCACAAGUAGCCCACAUCUCCUGCCAUUAUUCGGAGGUGGGGGGGUGUGGAAUCCUUCUGCCACAAGCAGAAAACCUGAGUAAUAAAGGCACAAUCACAUCAUGGACAUGUGGAAUCGGUUGCCUUUCUCCCACAAAGCUGUAGUUCCCAGGAGUCUUUGGGGAAAGUGAUGUGUGCUUUAGAUGUGUGGUCUGGAUGUGACCUAGGAAAGAUCAAAGCACCCGCUCUCUUCAUGCCACCAAGGUUGGCAUGUCUCUGUGGGUGACCCUGACUCUUCUCCUGCUUUUUCCCACGUUCUACAGCUGCAGUCCACAGAGUUCAGUCCUGCCGGCAGCGAGAAAGGGAGCCCAGGUAAGCAAAGCUACGGGGUUGGGGUGGGGCAAAGGCAGACCUCUCAUCUGCUGACAUCAGUCACCUGCCCUAGCUUGGACCCUCUUCUGCUACUUCUGAGCUGUUUCUGACCUCCCUCCCGCUCACAGAAUUGUAGAGUGGGAAGGGACCCCCAAGGGCAGUGUUAGAAACUGGGACAGAAAAGCUAGGAGCCAAAUGGCUCCUGGGACCUGGGUUGCAGGAGCCAAAACAGAAUGUCUAGUCGCCAUUUGGGGGAGGGGGAGUGUUUGGCAACACUUUUUAUUAUUUUGAUAAGCAUGAAAUAAUAAUAAGCAAUUCACAUAAGUGGCACAUUGUCAAUAUCACAUUUUAAGCAGAAACUGCUAAUACAUGUUUGAUUUGGUGUUUGCAAUAAAAAAUAUGGGUACCAUACUUCAGUUUUCAAAACACUCUUUUUAUUAACAUAUUGCCUAUCCUUAACAUAUACAGUGGUACCUCGGGUUAAGUACUUAAUUCAUUCCGGAGGUCCGUUCUUAACCUGAAACUGUUCAUAACCUGAAGCACCACUUUAGCUAGUGGAGCCUCCUGCUGCCCCCGUGCCGCCGGAGCAUGAUUUCUGUUCUCAUCCUGAAGCAAAGUUCUUAACCCGAGGUACUAUUUCUGGCUUAGCGGAGUCUGUAAUCUGAAGUGUAUGUAACAUGAAGCGUAUGUAACCCAAGGUACCACUGUACUUCGAUGCACAUACAUUUCAGUAAUCCUUGAGUGUCAGCCAGGCGUGAAAAUAAAGCACCCAGACUUUUUGAGGUGCUCACAAACGGAGAAUCUUCAGGUGCGAAAUGCGCCUGGCACCCUGCUAAUUUCGAACCCUGCCAGAGGGUCAUCUACUCCAACCCCCCACAAUGCAGGAAUCACACUAAGUGGUCUUGGCCACUUAGCAAUGAACCAACUGAAGAAGAUGGCAGGGGACUGUUGUCUUGUCACCUUCAUCCCCUUUCCUUCUGUCUUGCAGGUCUACAGGUGAGCACACAUGUCCAGCCACAGGUGGUCCCCCUGAGAGGUGAUGUAUCAAGCCAGUUUCCUCAAGGAUACCCGGGAGAGUGACAGCGUCUCACCCAAAUCCCAGAGGAAGGCUGAGGAGGGUUUGAGAGGGGGGCCAGGACGGAAUAAGGUGGUGCAACUGGCUGCCUCCUGUGGGUCCACAGCCAUGCCAAGCACUCUUUCUGUGGGAGAAGGCCCUGCAACUGUGUUGGGUUUAUUUUCCCUCCGCAGAACGGCCAGAGAGGGCGGAUGGACAGGGGAAACUCCCUUCCUAGUAUGCUGGAGCAAAAGGUGAGAAUCGCCCCUGGGGCCAUGGGGGAAUAUCCACUGUCCUUUCGCAUGGGGCUAAUGUGUCCUGAUGCGCCCACAAAGAAAUGCAACCAAGUGGCCCCUUCGUCAACUUUGCUUUUCUUCCUCCCUGAAGAUUUACCCUUACGAGAUGCUGAUGGUGACGAAUCGGGGAAGAGUGAAACUGCCUCCAGGCGUGGACAGGACAAGGCUAGAGGUACAAAGAAAGAGCGCCGGUGCAGAUCUACCUUUCUCAACCCUGGCACCCUCCAAAUCACUUCCUUGCUAUUAUCAUUAUCAACAUCAUCAUUAUUACAGUCGUACCCUGGAUUCUGAAUGCCUCGCGACUUGAACAUUUUGGCGCCUGAACGCCGCAAACCCGGAAGCGAGUGUUCCGGUUCCGGUUUGCGAACGUUCUUUGGAACCCAAACAUCCACCGCGGAUUAUAUGACUUCCGAUUGCAUGCAGGAAGCCCCUGCAGCCAAUCGGAAGCCGCACUUUGGUUGUUGAAUUUUUACGGAAGUCGAACAGAAUUCUGGAACGGAUUCUGUUCGACAACCAUGGUAUGACUGUAUUAUUGUUGUAGUAGUAGUAGUUGUUGUUGUUGUUUUAGAAAAUGUAUAAGCCACUCGAUUGUCAGAAAAACUCAAAAGGGCUUACAGAAAAGAAAAAGCAAUUAAAUUGGCAAGAAAUAACCAGACAUUGGAAAAGUUAAGAUAACCAGAGACUAAAAACAUAUUAAGACUCGCAUCAACUUUCUAAACAUCUGGACAGGCUUGUUUAAAGAAAAAUGUUUUUAGCAAGUGCUGAAACGAGUAAAGGCCUGAUGUCAAUAGGCAUCAAGUUCCAAAGUUUGGGUGCUGCUACACUAAAAUAUCAAGUUCUUACAAAUGUGGAACAGGUAUUAUGGGGCACUUGUAACUGCGCCUGUCCUGCUGAUUGAAGCAGCAGAGGGGCCACAUGUGGGGUAAGAAGGUCCAGAUGUUGUUGGGCUUCAACUCCCAGCAUCCUCAACAGCCCGCAUGGCCAGUGGGCAGGGACGAUGGGAGCUGUGGUCCAAUUUCUGCAAGGCACCAGUUGGUGUGCUUAAUAUUGAGCUAGGCAAACCACUUGUCUUGACUCAAGAUAAGGCAGCUUCCCAUGUUCUUUGAAUCUGACAUGAGAUACAACAGCUUUCCAGACAAGCACCUUGCCGUACCCCCCUACGUGCCCACUCAACCACUUCGGCAUUGUUAUAGGCUCCACAUUUGUAAGAACUCUCUUAUCUUUCAGCCUGGCAGCACCUACCCUUUGGAACUCCCUGCCGAUUGAUUUCAAGCAGGCACAUUCACUGUAGCCUUUUGCAGCGCCUACCCAAAUGUUUAUGGGAUGCGGGUGAUGAGCGAGAUGAGCGCCGCAACCUAAUGGUCAGGGGUCCCUUUACCUUUACCCAAAUGCUUUAGAAAGUUGGUUCAGGUUUUCAUUUGCUUCUAAAAAGUUAUUUUAACUUUUCACAUGCCUUGACUUCAAGCCACUCGAGUGGUUUCAUGAAUCAGAUGAAAUGAGCAAAUGAAUGAAUGAGCAAGCCUUCUUCCUUCUCUCCCCAUCCCAGCGCCACCUGUCAGCCGAGGAUUUCCUGCGCGCGUUCGAGAUGUCGCCGGACGAAUUUGGCAAGCUGGCCCUGUGGAAGCGGAAUGAGCUGAAGAAGAAAGCCUUCCUCUUCUGA